CCGCAUCACGGCCAUAAUGGAUCAACUCAUAUCUAAUCUUGGUGCACUCCAUCAUAUCAACGAUAUACCGCGACCAAAGACGUUACGUCACCUUCUGGACAUCAACGCACGCGUCCAAGAUCUUGAACGCCCAUUGGAUAUACGACCGGAGAAUCUAGAGGAUGAGCCCACUGUCAACAACUUGCGUGAUCGCAGCGACAUGCUUCUUGACCGAGUUUCCCAUAAAGCGGCCGACUUCCGAGAACAGCUGGAGGAGGAAGAGCCGACUCUAGGCCAGCUUGACCGCCUCCUUAGACAACUCACGUCUGUUGAAUAUCCUCACGAUUGCCCGGGAGAGCAAGAGCGCUUUUGGAUCAUCUAUCUUCUUGCAAGAUAUACAUGCCAAUUAGGCUACUCGGUUGCUCAGAAGCGAACGGAGUAUAGCAACCAUUUCAUCAAGUCUUGGAUCAGUUGGGCGGAUAGACAGCCUCGGCUCCCUGGAAGAUCCACCACUGGCCCGCCUCCCUAUUCAACCAUUCCUCCUACCAUCGAGACUCGCCUGCUCGCACAACGUCCCGCUGGACCACCCCAUUCAAGCAUGCGUCCGUCACUAGUCACCAUCAGGUUCUUCGUGAAGGAAAGAUCCCGAGAUGGGGAGCAUGCCAACGACGACUCAAUAUGGUCUUGGUUCACCAGUUGCUUCAGAAUCAAACUAUGAAGAAUGGACAAGGAUUAAGUAAAUACAUGUGUGUAAAUUGUGGUCGUGUUUCUUAGCUAGCCCAAACCUGCUGAUCUUCUUGACUUAUUGUGGUUAUGGUGGAGCAGUGUCUAGUGCCAUUAAAUCGGUGACUUUUAUGAUUCAUCUUGAGUUAUUGGUUGUCUUAUGCUGGCGGCCAACGAACUAUCAGGUCUCCUCGCCUGCGAACAUCAUAGUCAAGGCCAUUCCAGG